AGCUGUCUUUUGCUGCUUCAACCACAAUCGUCAGUUUCUAGCUUGUAGGAUUAUAACAUCAACUUCAUUUAAUGAAGGGUGCUGUGCAAUUUCAAAGUGUUCUUUCAAUUCUGUAAUUGACAGGCUGGACGUUAACUGUUGAGCUCUCAACUCCUUCUUAUGACGUUCCGGAUUCGACACAAGGUCUCACAUCUGCAUUUAGCUAUAUGCCAACAAGACAAGCACUACCGCCACCGACAAUAAUAUAAUACACGCUCAAGAGCCACGUCAAAAUGUGGCCUUUAUCCAAGAACCACUCCUCCAGAACAAACGGAUCCUCCAAAGCAAACGGCUCCUUCAAAAAUUCCAUCGCCCAGCCGUCCUCGAAACAAACUGCCCCCUCCCAGAACCCUAUGCCACCAUACCAACCAUCUGCAAGACCAGGGUCCUCCUCAGGGAUCCCAAUCCCCCAAACAACCACAACUCCUACACAACUCACCCCCGGCAGCACACCCCCCCCAUCAACGCCCCCCCACUUCUCGCAGCGCCACCAAUACCCACCCCAACUACCACCUCUCCAACAGCAACAGCAAGACGAACAACUGCUCCUCCAACAACAACAACAACAACAGCAGCAGCAACAGCAACAGCUCCUCCUCCUCCAAAAGCAGCAGCAGCAGCAGCAGCAACAACAACAACAACUGCCAGCCCAGCCCCAUACUCCCCCCAAAAAACGAAGCAGCGGCGGCGCCUCUACCCUCUCCAGGCGCACCUCCGGCGCCAAAACCCCCACCACUCCAGGAAGAGGACACUCCUACACUAGCAGCGUCGGCAGCGCAGGCAGCGCAGGCAGCACCGCCGGCUUCGGGCGAUGGAGCCACCGUAGCUUACCCUCCCCGCCUGACUCGCUCGCUGGGAACGGCGAACCUAGCACUGUAACGCAGCUGGGAGAGCGCAGGAGCUGGGGUACAGCGGAGCCUAGGGAGCGCAGGAGCUGGGGCACAGCAGCGGAGCGGAAGAGCUGGGGCGCGGCGGGGACGGGGGGGUUGGGGGCGGCGGGUGAUGCAGGGCAGCCGAGCGAGCAGAGAAGGAGUUGGGGGGCGGGGAAUGGGGAGAGGGGGAUUGGGAGGGUGGCGGCGAAGAUUAAAGCUGCUGUGCUUGGGAGGGAGGAGGAGGAGGGUGGGGGGAGGUGGAGUAAGGAGGGGAGUUUAGGGGGGAGUUUGGGGGGGAGUUUGGGGGGGAGUUUGGGGGCGAGCGCGUCGGGGAGUAAGGUCGCGAGUCAGGUGGGGAGUAAGGUCGGGAGUCAAGUUGGGAGUGUGAAUGGGGGCCUUGGGGGGGAGGUGGAGGGGAAGAGGAAGAGUGGUGUUAGUAGUGCGGCCGUGUCGCCAACGCGUUCGCCUAGCGAUAGUGAUGGUGAGGCCCCAGAGCCAAAGCGCGGGUGGGCCGACAGGGUGAAGGCGAGGAGGAAGAGGAGUUCAAGGUGGCGGGCGAAGAAGGUGGAUGAGAAUGUCAUGCCUCCGGGGAUGGUGCCGGGGACGGGGGGGUUGGCAAAUAGGCCGUGGGGGCGGAGGGCGAUCUGGGGGCGGCGGACGGGCGACAAGGGGGAGGAGGGGGAGGAGAAGAAGAAGAAGGUUGGGGGGUUCGUUACGAUGCUGGAUGCUAGUCCGGCGCCGAUUAGGUUACCCGGUUAUGAGAAGGUAUCGAGGAAGUCGGAUGAAUUGGGGGAGGUGAAGGAGGAGGUGAAAGAGGAGGCGAAGGGGAAAGAGGUGGAGGAGGAGGAACUGGAGGAGGGUGAAGAGGAAGACGAGUGGGAUGAGGAAAGCUUGGUGCAACUGUCCGACUGGUGGAGACAGAUGCUUGGGAAGGGGAAGGAUCCAACCUGGCAGGAACUGGACAUGAUAUCCGCCUUCCUGACCGAUUUGUACGACGAGGAGACACCCUCUUUAGAGAUGAUCCUAACAACGCGGCUACACAAGCUGCUCGAGGCGCUGAUUAAGGCAGCCGGCGAGCAAGGGCUGCGCUACGAGGGGAAGAGGUAUCGCAAGAUCGCGCGCAAGGCGACUGAGAUAAGGGACAAGUGGAUGGAUGAUAUGGACGGCCAUCUGUACGAUAUGCGAACCGAGCGGCGGAAGAUGCUGAAAGGCGAGAAGGGGAGGCUUACCAGGGUGCAUAUGCGCCCAGUGGGCGAGCAUAGCUCGCGGUGGGUGGUUGAAGGGCACCUCGUGGAGGAGGGAAUAGAGUUCGAGCCUGGGAUGUGGUGGCUUAAUGACGCGUGCGCCGAACGCGACGGUAUGCUAACGGACACUCGUGGCAACGUAUCCGUGUCGCCGCAAUCGGUCCCUGUGGUGACGCUAGCAUUCGGCGAGGAGAUGCCGACGCAAAAGCCGACAAUCACGCGGUUCACCCACAGCGGUCGUAUCGAGACGAUGAUGCUGCCGCUACUGCGGGCGCUGGAUAAGCGCGUGCAGGUGCUUCGGCGGUAUACUCUCAAGUCUCGGCUGGCUCCUGAGGCGGGGCUGCGGUAUGACGGGUUCUAUGAUAUUGUGCUGUAUAGUUUCCAGCGGUUAUCAUGGGACGAGAGCGUCUUCAGGGUGGUGGUUGAGUUUGAGAGGUGUAUGGGACAAAGGCCGAUGGAUACAGUAUUGGCGGUGCCGACGCCUAGUAUGCUGGAUGAUUGGGAUAUUUACCAGGAGAUCAAGGAUGAUAGCGUGAGGCGGAGCGUGGGGGAGGCGUGGUAUCGCGAGAGCUUGAGUAAGGAGAGGGAGGAGGAGAGAGAUCGCGUGAGCUGGCAUCAGGUGCGCGCUGAUGAGGAUAGGAGGAGGGCGGAGGAGGAUGCGAGGAGGGAGAAGGAGGAGGAGAGGCGGGCGGAGGAGGAUGCGAGGAGGGCGGUGGAGGACGGGAAGAGGGAGGCGCAGAUGAAGAAGGCGGAGAGGGAGUUGCAGUAUUUGGAGGAGCAGGAGAGGAUAGAGGCUGAGGGGGGUGAGGAGGAGGAGAGUGAGUAG